UUCUAUUUUGUACAUACAUUGAUUUGUAUAUACUGUAUAUGAUGACUUCGGUGGGCAGUGAACGUACCCGGGGCACUCGAGACAAAGCGCAGAUUUCAACCACGCAGCCAACACAACCACAGAAACAAGUAGUUCAGGCAACAGCAGAACAGAUUCGUCUUGCCCAGAUGAUCUAUGAUAAGAACGAUGCAGACUUUGAGGAUAAAGUGAAACAGCUUAUGGAAGUAACUGGGAAGAACCAGGAUGACUGCAUAGUGGCUCUACACGACUGUAAUGGGGAUGUGAACAGAGCAAUCAACAUCUUGCUGGAAGGAAGUUCUGACACAACUUCGUGGGAGACAGUGGGAGGAAAGAAGAAAAGUCUUGGAAAGGAGAGUUCAGAAAACAAAGAAAACAGAGAAAAGCGAGGGGACAGAGAAGUGAGCCGUGGACGGGGAAGUUCCAGCAGACGAGGAAGAGGGGGCAGCCGUGGCCGAGAGAUUAGAGUAGAGGAGAAUGGCGUGGACACCAGCCAAGGAGAUAGGCCCUCUGAUCGUGGGAAACGUGGUAGAGGGAGAGGAUUUGGACGUGGCAGAAGAGGAGCAGGGAGGUUUUCAGUCCAAGCCAUGGGGACGUUUAACCCCGCAGAUUAUACGGAAUCUCCUGCCACAGAUGGCUUUGGAAACAAGCAAGAGUCUUGGGAAGCUGGGCAGAAUGAUACUGAUAAUGGCGCAGGAGCAUGGAAGAACACAAUAGAAGAGUGGACAGCCGAAGACUGGAAUGAAGAUCUUUCAGAAACAAAGGUCUUCACGGCUUCAUCUGUUCCCAUGGAGAACCAUGUGACGCCUGGCCAAAGCAUAGAUUUGGUGUCGCUCCUUCAGAAACCCGGGACUUCUAGCCAAGAUACAGAGGCCAAUUCCUUCGAGACGACACAGCAACAAAGCUUUGGGCAAGCGUUAGUGUUUACGAAUUCCCAGCACAACCCUCCAGUGGCCUUAGGAGCCAGCAGCACCGGUGCAGCUAACUCCUUUUCUCCACAGAGCCUGUCUUCAGUGCUCUGUUCCGGAUUUGGAGAGUUUGGCUCUUCUAAACUGGCCGCCUCUGCUGGGUCUCAGUUUCUAGACCAGCUGAAAUCUUCAUCUUUGGGUCCGUUCACUUCACAGGGUUCUCCCAGCACAGACUCCUCCUCAGUUUCCACAACCACCACCUCGUCUUGGGAUGUCAAGCCUUCCGUUUCGCAGCCUUCUGUCCUCAGUCAGUUUGAUUUCAAAUCCCAGCCUGAGCCAUCCCCGGUCCUGAGCCAGUUAACGCAACGGCAGCAGCAGCAGCAAACCCAGGCAGUCCCCACCCCGCCUCCCGGGCUGGAAUCCUUCGCCCCGCAGGUCAAAGCCCGGGAGCCAUCGCCCGUGGACAGCCCCGUGCCGGUCGGCAAACUGCUGCACCUUCCCAGCCUGUCUACAGAAAGCCAGAUGCUGCCUGCCCAUCAGACGCCGCAGAAGCAGAUGAAGCCGCCGAAGCGGAAGAUCCCGCCAGCUUCCAAGAUCCCGUCCUCUGCCGUGGAGAUGCCUGGAUCCACUGAUGUGUCUGGGUUAAACGUGCAGUUUGGAGCUCUUGAGUUUGGGUUGGAGACUCCCCUCUCAGAGUUUGGAUCUGCUUCGAGCUAUGAAAACACCAGCCAGGCACCCAACAGCAUACUCUACCCGAAGCCUGUAAAUGAUCCUUUGAAUACCUCUUUGCCAAUGUCCAAUACAGUGCAGGAGUCCACCUAUAGCACCCCUGCCGCCACCUCUGCCGGCCUGAGCUGCUCUUCCCAGAGCACUAGUCCCGUAACAACCACUUCGUCCUAUGACCAGGCCUCUGUGCAUAGCAGGAUCACGUACCAAAGUUCCAUGCCUCCGUCGGAACCAGCCUUGACUGCUGUCACGAAUGGACACGGCAGUGUUCGAACUCAGCCAACCCUUGACAGCACGUCAUCAGUUCCAGCGUCGAAGCCAGAAACCUCUCUUCCCUCGCUAUCCGCCAAAGGGACCCCUUUGCCCAGCAUCGUGGCUACCACCACUUCGCUGCUGCCUUCGGGGCCACCGCACACGCUGUCGCUCCCCAGUUUGCCGCAGUCCAGUGAACUGGCCGGCAGCUCGCUCUCCCAGUUGAGCAGUUCCCUCUCCAAUCAUCAGAGCAGCCUCUCUUCUGCCUCUGCGCUCUCCUCGGCCACACUGCACACGCACGCUAGUGUUGAGAACUCCACCGCGCUCCAUCCUUCCGCAGCCUCUUCUUCCGUUGCUCCGACCUCGGCCAUUAGCACCACCUCUGCGGUCUCCAGCAUGGCCAGCACUACCAACAGCCUGGGCCUGAACGUGACCAGUGUCUCUCUGCUGGCCCCCUCCACGCGGGCCGCCCCCUUAGUGUCUUCAGGCAAAGUGCCCCCCAACCUGCCCCAAGGUGUACCACCCUUGUUGCAUAACCAGUACAUUGUGGGACCUGGAGGACUUCUACCUGCCUACCCAAUCUAUGGUUACGAUGACCUCCAGAUGCUGCAGUCCAGGCUGCCGGUGGAUUAUUACGGAAUUACAUUCCCUGCUCCCGCAACCUUGACGGGCAGAGAGGGGAGCCUCGCCAGCAACCCAUACUCAGGUGAUGUCGCAAAAUUUGGCCGUGGGGAUUCUGCCUCGCCCGUGCCCGCCACCACCCUGGCCCCUGCACAGCACAACCAGACGCAGACUCACCACACGGCUCAGCAGCCUUUCCUCAACCCCACGCUGCCCCCUGGAUACAGCUACACGGGGCUGCCCUAUUAUGCUGGUGUGCCGGGGGUCCCCAGCGCAUUCCAGUACGGGCCCACCAUGUUUGUCCCUCCUGCGACGGCCAAGCAGCAUGGUGUCAGCUUGAACGCCGCCUCGACGCCCUUCCAGCAGGCAAGCGGCUACGGUCAGCACGCCUAUGGGGCAGGCUAUGAUGACCUAACGCAGGGAACUGCCGCCGGAGACUAUGGCAAGGGAGGCUACACCGGGGCAUCGCAAGCACAAAACAAAUCCUCCGGCAGUGGACCAGGGAAAGGUGUUUCUGUGACCUCAAGUAACACAGGUGUGCCUGAUAUUAGUGGCUCAGUCUACAACAAGGCUCAGAUGUUUGACAAGCAGGGAUUCCACACUGGCACUCCGCCCCCCUUCAGCCUGCCUUCAGCCCUGGGCUCCACGGGGCCCCUGAACCCAGGUGCUGCCGCUGGCUACGCCCCGGCCCCCUUCCUCCACAUCCUGCCUGCCCACCAGCAGCCUCAUUCCCAGUUGCUGCACCAUCACCUUCAGCAGGACGGGCAGGGCGGAUCCGGCCAGCGCAGCCAGCCGAGUAGCUUGCAGCAGAAGCCUCAGGCCUCCAAAACUGCCUAUGGAGCUUCCCCGUACUGGACAAACUAAUCCCAGACAGGGAAG